UCUACUUAGAAACGUCACAUCUGCUGUUUCAUCUUCUGUCUCCUCUUCACACACACACACACCCUCAAACACACACACACACUCACACACUCACACUCUGCAGCUCCUCUUUUCCUCACUGGAACUUUUUCUUCUGAAAACUUUCUCCGGAACUUUUCUCUUGCUCCGGUGCAUUGAGCAGAGAGGAGCCUCAGCAGGAGCAGCAGCAGCAGGACAGAUGUUUUCACUUUGACCUCCGCCUCCUCUUCCUCCUCCUCCUCUGCCUCGUCUGGUGUCUGAGCAGCAGUGGAGGACGGAGACAGAGACAAUGGACACACAUCCAGUCAUGUGAGUGAUCUGCAUCAAGGACCAAAUCAAUCUGAGUUGCCUCCAUCUCAUAGAGACUUCUCAGCCCCGUAGCAAACAGGUGAUGAGGAGGAGGAUGGUGGCGAUGAGGAGGAUGCUCCACGUGAAGGGAGAUGUGAUGUGCACGAUGCUGCUGUUGGUUGUGUUCUGUCUGCUGCUCUACGUUCGACAGGUGGCCGUCUCCUCUGGGUGGGACAGACCUCAGUGGAAGCUGGAGAUCCACGGCUCCACCAGCCCCAGUCGGACACUGCUGGGGGCCAGGGGGGCCAAAGGGGGCCAGGAGUCUCAAGAGUUCCCCUCCAGCCCGUCGGAGCCACAGCUGCCUGCCUGUAAGCCCCAGUCCAAGUCCAAAGCCCCUCAGGCCAAGUCCAAAGCUCCUCAGGCCAAGUCCAAAGCUCCGCUCAAAUCUAAGGGGAAAUCAAAGUCGCGAAGGAAGAAUGCUGUACCGACCAAACCUGCUGCCAAGCCCCUGCCCACGAUGCCACCGUUUGACUUCGAAGGCUACUUGAGAGAGAAGGACAACAGGGACUUCAAUCUGCUCAUCGACCAGCCGGAGAAAUGUCACAUCCGAGGAGCAGAGGAGGAAGAAGGAGGCGAAGCUCCCUACAUGCUCAUCGCAGUCAAAUCUGUGGCGGCAGAUUUUGACAAGCGUCAGGUGGUCCGUCGGACAUGGGGGAAAGAGGGCCUGUUCCCGAACAGCGUUACCAUUCGUACCGUUUUCCUGCUCGGGGUUCCCAGGAAUCGAACGGCUCUGCCUCUGUGGGAUCGCCUCCUCACCUACGAGAGUCAAACGUUCCGGGACAUCCUGCUCUGGGACUUUGAGGAUACCUUCUUCAACCUGACACUGAAGGAAACACAUUUUCUGAAAUGGGUGAACAGCAGCUGUCCUCAAGUCAAGUUCAUUUUCAAGGGUGACGCUGACGUGUAUGUGAAUGUGGAGAACAUAUUGGAGAUGCUCCAAGGUCAAAAGCCAGAGGAGGAUCUGUUUGUCGGGGAUAUUAUCAUUCAUGCCAAACCCAUUCGCCGACGUAGCUCCAAGUAUUACGUGCCGGAGUUCAUGUAUGGGGGGGGUCUGUACCCAAACUACGCUGGAGGAGGAGGGUUUGUGAUGUCGGGGCUUACGGCUCGGAGACUGAGCUCUGCCUGUCAACAGGUGGAGCUGUUCCCCAUUGAUGAUGUCUUUCUGGGAAUGUGCCUCCAGCUGAUCGGCGUCAAACCGUCACGUCACCAGGGCUUCCGGACCUUUGGGAUUCCCCGGCCGUCGGCAGCGCCCCACCUUCAGACGUUCAACCCCUGUUUCUACAGAGAACUCAUGGUGGUCCACAGCCUCAGUGUCCCGCAGAUCUGGCUCAUGUGGAACCUCCUGCACGACCCCGACCUGAGCUGCCACAACCGGAGCAGCCUGACGUCUUCGGCCUUCAAGUGGAGGGGGAGGACGGGGGAGGAGACGGGGGAGGUUACGGGGGAGGAGACGGGGGAGGUUACGGGGGAGAAGACGGGGGAGGAGACGGACUACGGCGAGAAGCGGGUGUUCGUCAUGCAUUAAGGACAGAGUGGGAUCUGCAAGAGCUCCAGUGAAUACAAAAUGGUGGUGCUCAUGCUGGAUUUGUGGCCAAAUGGAAAACAGGAUGACGUGUUCACAGCUGAGUCCUGGGAGAUUUUAUCCAGAUCCUGGCAGAUCAACUCGGGGGAAAUUAAUCGGCAAAUGUCCUUCAAACUUGAAAUCCAAAAGAGUAUUGAGGCUUUUGCCACGUGAGCCCUCAUCUGUCUGUUGAGUCUCUGGACUUUUGAAUGUUUUAUCUAAUCAGAAUGUGUUGUGUUACUACAGAGUGACCCUUAAGGUUCACCAUACUUCCCACUGUGAGUCUGUACAUGCUCACGUCCCAUUCAAACUUAAAUGAGGGUUUGUACCAACUAACCAUUCCAUUCCAAUAAGUGGAUAUUUGUACCUGGAGCAUCUGCAGGAAACAAAUUUCCAGCUGCACACAGACGUCUGCGGACGGGUUUGGGAUGACAUUAACGCCAUGAGGACCAUAGUGGACCCCAGUGG